UCUGUCAGGAUGUACAGGUAGUUUGUUCUAACCCCUCUGUCAGGAUGUGCAGGUAGUUUGUUCUAACCUCUCCUCUCUGUCAGGAUGUACAGGUAGUUUGUUCUAACCUCUCCUCUGUCAGGAUGUACAGGUAGUUUGUUCUAACCCCUCCUUUCCUCUCCUCUCUCUGUCAGGAUGUACAGGCAGUUUGUUCUGUCAAUCCUGCUUGCAGGCGUCCUGUGUGCGGUGGGCGGCGACGCCCGCAAGACCCGCCUCCAUGGCUCCAUCCCCAACCCCUUCAAGGUGAACGGCAACACCUCUGACAAACGCACCCGUAAACAGGAAAUCCUUGCCUCCAGCCAGGAAGCUCUGGUCGUCACCGAGAGGAAGUACCUGAAGAGUGACUGGUGCAAGACCCAGCCGCUGCGUCAGACUGUGAGCGAGGAGGGCUGUCUCAGUCGUACCGUCAUCAACAGGUUCUGCUACGGCCAGUGUAACUCCUUCUAUAUCCCGCGCCACGUUAAGACGGAGCAAGAGUCUUUCCGGUCCUGUGCUUUCUGCCGACCGCAGCGGUUCACCACGCUGACCGUAGAGCUGGAUUGUCCCGACCUCCAGCCGCCCUUCAGGCACCGUAAGAUCCAGAGAGUCAAACAGUGUCGAUGUAUAUCGGUCUCCGUCAGUGACUCUGGGAAGCGGUGAUACUCGUCUCCCUUCUGCUUCUCUCUCUCUUUUUUUUAUCAUCUUGAACAAUUCCUAGAUACCGUCCAGAUAUUCCUCUCACCUCACAGGAGACAGUUUGUACAAGAUGGUGAGGACAUGUAUUUUACUGACGGCACAUGAAAGGGCCACUCUCUUUAGAAGUACUGAGUAUGACAGACAUUUCUAUGGAGCAGCUCUGCGUUGAUCAUACCAAGCAUUUAUUUAUUUAUUUAACUAGGCAAGUCAGUUAAGAACAAAUUAUUAUUUACAAUGACGGCCUAGGAACAGAGGGUUCAGGGGCAGAACGACAGAUUUGUACCUUGUCGGCUCGGGGAUUCGAUCUUGCAACCUUUCGGUUACUAGUCCAACGCUCUAACCACUAGGCUACGCUGCCGCCCCCCUCUAACCACUAGGCUACCUGCCUCCCCCCUCUACAUGAGACAAACGGACAUUUCUACAACCCCAGGCCCGAAUUAACCCAUGACUAUAUAUAUUCUGAAGUUCAAAGAUGGUGGAUAAAUGAAGAUGUCUCACUCAGGCAGUUCAUUUUUUUGUCACAGUUCGACUGCUAGCGGAACCCCUGGGCUAGAAAGGUUAAGGAGGUGUGUCUCCCAUAGACAACAAUGCGAUAGCAGCUGGGUGUGGUCUACUUAGUUCAUUGACUGUAUAUGAACCAGGGGGAAAAAAAAGCAGAGUGAGACAUCUCGCUUCCUCUACCGUCUCUGCAGAAACAGACUUACCUGGACCACAGAUCUCCUCCUCAGCCUGUCGGUGAGGUGGGUCGUAUUCAAAUGGAAGAAAACUGACUGAAAGAAAAAGGGACUUGUUACAAAAUGCUAAUGUUCAACUACAAAACAUGUUGCCAAUGUGUGCCCUAAUGAAUAUGACCCUAUUCCACAGAGGGACUCUGGUAGAUAGAGACUGACUGGGUUAGUAGUAGACCUACUGCAUCAACAGACUACCCUGGGGUUCC